UGGUAGCAAAUUACAAAUUAAACCCCGUCCCCGCCACUGACAAACAGAAAAUGACUUGAGUGAAGCAACGUGACUGCAUAAGCAUGGCAUUUGAAACACGUAAUUUUUUACUAUCGCGCCCAACCGCCUCAACCUCAACGCGCUUCUUAUUCUCCUCCAAUCCAACACGACCCAAACCUGCUUCCCUUCCUUAUCGAUUCUUCCAUUGUCUAUCGAAACGCCUCGUUUUGACGCCGAGAUUCGCCGUGAAAGCCUGCGCGGUGAACGUCCAGGAGAAGAAUGUCGCCGCAAAAUCCGGAGAGUGGGGGAAGGCGUGCUCUGCAACAGCGAAGAGCCUUCUAGAAGAGCCGGGGUUGAUUUUUUCGCCGAGAUGGGCGUCGAAGUCACCGUCGACAAUUAAUGUAGAACUUCGUUGAGCUUCUAUGUCAUGGAUCAACUAGGUCAUACUGUGUAUGAGUGUAUCAAUUAAAGUCUCUAAGAAGAUAGGCACCAUUUUGUUUUGUUGAGUUGCUACUUGCUAAUUUGAUUAUUAAGCUUUUAUUUUAUUCAUUUUGUUUUUUUUUUAACAUGAUAGGAGAAGCUAACUUUUUGGGAGGUGUUGCUUCAGUUAAGGGAAUUAAAGGAUUUGACACAGAAGCUGCAAAAACAAGGUUUUUUGAAAUUUAUUUGGAUAAGUAUGCAAAACCAGAUUCUGGAAUAGGAUUUCCAGGUGCUCUUGAACUCAUUUCUCAGUGUAAAAGCAAAGGCCUUAAAGUGGCUGUUGCAUCUAGUGCUGAUCGUAUAAAGGUUGAUGCCAAUCUAGCUGCUGCUGGUUUACCAUUAUCCAUGUUCGAUGCAAUUGUGUCUGCAGAUGCUUUUGAGAAUUUGAAACCUGCUCCUGAUAUUUUCUUAGCUGCAUCAAGAAUAUUGAAUGUGCCCCCCAAUGAGUGUAUUGUUAUAGAAGAUGCGCUAGCUGGAUUGCAAGCUGCCAAAGCUGCACAAAUGAGAUGCAUAGCUGUAAGGACCACAUUAUCAGAUGAGAAUCUAGAACCAGCUGGCCCGACACUUAUCCGAGAUAACAUAGGAAGUGUUUCGCUUGAUGAUAUUCUCAGUGGUGGCUCUGUUGGAUAUAAUAAGAGGAUGCAGGGCUCUGAAACACUAAAUAAUUUUGCAGAGUCUUCAUCUACUGUGCUUGCUGGAGGGUUGCAGGGUUCUCGGCAAGAUAUACUGAGAUUUGGAAGUCUGGGAAUUGCUAUCUCUUGCCUUUUCUUCACCAUAAGCAACUGGAAGGCAAUGCAAUAUGCUUCCCCUAAAGCAGUUUGGAAUCAGUUUUUUGGUGUUACCCAGCCACCCUUGGAGCAGAAAGAAGAUAACUCAAGAGAUGAUAGGAUCCAGCAAUUUGAGAACUACAUAUCUGAUCUGGAAAGCAGGGGAAAUGCUCAGAUUGUUCCAGAAUUUCCGUCUAAACUAGAAUGGCUGAAUACGGCUCCACUUCAGUUUCUCAGGGAUCUGAAAGGAAAAGUUGUACUGCUGGAUUUCUGGACUUAUUGUUGUAUAAACUGUAUGCAUGUGUUGCAAGACCUAGAUGUUUUGGAGAAAAAAUACAAAGAUAUGGCGUUCGUUGUUGUGGGUGUUCAUUCUGCAAAGUUUGAUAAUGAGAAAGAUUCUGAAGCCAUUCGCAAUGCAGUUCUGCGCUAUGGCAUUUCUCACCCAGUUGUCAAUGAUGGAGACAUGUAUCUUUGGCGGAAGUUGGGUAUAAACUCAUGGCCAACAUUUGCUUUUGUUGGCCCCAACGGUAAGCUUCUUGCACAACUUGCAGGAGAGGGUCAUAAGAAGGUACUGGUGACGGCUUUUAAUAUCCUAUUCGUGCAUUUUAUUGUGAUAUUUUUAAAUAAUGCUAGAAAAUUCUAGGAUUAUAUGUAUCUCAGGUCAUGCAUGUUAUGACUUUUGCAUUGCUGUUACUAGUUUUGUGUAAUGCCAGAACUGUGACUGUUGGUCAUAGAGACUUAGUGUAGAUGAAAAGGAAAAUGCCACUAUGCUAGAUAGCUGUAUGAAAAUAUUUAUAUUUACAUUUGUCAUACAAAUUAGCUCUAUGCAACUAUCUCGUUAACAGAUGAUAAUACCAUCUGUUGAACAAAAGGUCUUGUUUCGGAGCCUGUAACUAUCUAUUGCACAGCCACAGUGUAGCUAUUGCCUUUGGGCCAUGAAUUUCUAUUUUAACUCAUUUGCCUUACCAUGUAGCUUUGUGGAUUGGAAUGAAGGACUAAUGUUCUAAAUAAUAUUCAAAUAUCAUGUUUAAAUAUAGCAUGAUGAAGCUGCGCAUACAGUGAUACAAACUAUGGUGAUAAAAGUUAUUCAUGAAGAUAAAAGGUUCAAACUAUUUGUGCUUUACAGUGAUACAAUUUUUUAUUUGUCAAUUUAAAAGUUAUUUUUUUCUUUAAAUAUAUUAUGCCAAGACAAUAAUAAAUAUGUUUACGAAUCUUUUUAAAGGUUUGUAUUGCUAUCACUAUUGAUUUGAAAUUUGUUUAUUGAAUAGUGCUCAAUUACAUCUAUUGAUACAUGUAGUUAUUGUUGUUAUAGCUAUUAUUUUCUCUUACAAUAUGGUGAUUAAAACAAGUCUUGCAUUGUUACUGUUCUGGAAAGGAUCUAGAUGAUUUUGUGGAGGCUGCACUUCAGUUUUACGGAAAACAGAACAUGUUGGACAAUACGCCAAUUUCAUUGAGUUUGGAGAAAGAUAACGAUCCUUGCCUUUACACAUCUCGGCAAAAACAUCAAAAUGGGUCACUUUUACAAAUUAUUUAUCAAAAAGGGGCUCUUUUGCAAUUAUUUCUGGGGGUCUAUUUUUUUAUUGCAAAGCGCCCCCCAGACAGGCGUCUCCACUGUGCACGUGACACGUGGCACAGCAGGUAACACCCCUGACGCGGCCACCUUUGGUAGCGUCCAGGGGUCAGGCACUACUGGUGGCACCCCUGCUGCAGGCGCUACGGCUAGCGCAGGGCAGCCAAGCGCCUGCCCCCCAGCCUCUUCUUCUCACACCCCCAGUCUCUUCCCACACCCCCCAUCCCAAAAUUUUAUAUUUUUUAUAUUGUUUAUCAAAAAUUUAAAUUUUGU